AUGUUCUUGACAUGUCUCAUUCCCGGGCCACUCAAUCCAAAGGUUGGCAUAGAUGUGUACUUAGAGCCCUUGAUAGACGAAUUGAAGAAGCUGUGGACGGGUGUCAUAACAUAUGAUAUUUCAAGGAAACAACACUUUAUUUUGAGGGCCAUGCUGAUGUGGACAAUUAAUGAUUUUCCUGCUUAUGGUAUGUUGUCCGGUUGGAGCACUCAUGGUAAACUGGCAUGCCCACAUUGUAUGGAACAUACAAAGGCUUUUAGAUUAUAUCAUGGGGCAAAAAAUUCAUGGUUUGACUCCCAUCGGAGGUUUUUACCGAAUGACCAUGCCUUUAGGAGGAAUAGGAAUGCUUUCAAGAAGGGGGAAGUGGAGAUGGAUGACGCACCACCAUAUCUUACGGGAGUAGAAGUUUGGAAUAGAAUCAAUGGUUAUCCUAAAAUAACUGAAAAUGGUGCACCAAGAAUUGAUGGAUACGGUGAGUGGCAUAAUUGGACAAAAAAAAGCAUCUUUUGGGAUCUACCCUAUUGGAAGGAUAAUUUGUUAAGGCAUAAUCUUGAUUUCAUGCACAUUGAAAAAAAUUUCUUUGACAACAUCUUUAAUACUGUGAUGAAUGUUGUGGGGAAGACAAAAGACAAUGAGAAGGCCCGAAUGGAUAUAGCUUUGUACUGUAGACGAAAAGAUUUGGAGCUAAAAAGGCAUACCAAUGGAAACAUGUAUAAGCCAAAACCAAAUUAUACACUUUCAGCAGAUCAAACAAAAGAAGUCUGUCAUUGGGUAAAAGCUCUUAGGAUGCCUGAUGGAUAUUCUUCUAACUUGUCAAGGUGUGUUGAUGUGAAUAGGGGAAAGCUCAUUGGGAUGAAAAGCCAUGACUGCCAUGUGUUUAUGGAAUGCUUACUUCCUAUUGCGUUUAGUUCUUUACCGUCUCAUGUUCUCAAUCCCAUUGCAGAGAUAAGUCAUUUCUUUAGAGAUUUGUGUUCUACUACAUUGAACAAGGAUGACCUAGCGAAGAUGGAAGAAAACAUUCCUCUCAUUCUGUGCAAGAUGGAGAGAAUAUUUCCUCCUUCAUUCUUUGAUUCUAUGGAACAUCUCCCUAUCCAUCUUCCAUAUGAGGCACGACUUGGUGGACCAGUCCACUAUAGGUGGAUGUACCCAUUUGAAAGGUUCAUGGGAUAUGCUAAACGUUCAGUAAAGAAUAAAGCUAGGGUUGAAGGAUCUAUUUGCGCAUCAUACUUGCACAGAGAAACAACUCAUUUUUGUUCCCACUAUUUCAAAAACUUCAUGUUAACACCACAAAGCAGUAGAAAUGAAGUAGACAUUCAAAUAGAAAGCCUAACAAAAACAUUAUCAGUGUUUGACCAACCUAGUCGUCAUUCUGGGAGGGAAUCAACACAUUGGUUAAGUGAUGAAGAAUUGAGAUCAGCUCAUGUUCAUGUAUUGAUCAAUUGCAAUGAAGUUGAACCUUACCUUGAGUAA